AUGGCACAUAAGGCUGAGAUCACUUUGCGCGGUUAUAAACUUCUCGAUCAUCCCCGUACUGAGAGAAGCGGAGGUGGAACAGCUUUGUUAUUUAGGGACAAUAUUACUGAACACAAAGUCGACGGCGGCGAACGCAGGUCAUUUGAGUUUUCCGAAUGGAUACUACAAUAUCGCUCCUGUAAACUGAGAACUAUUAUCGUUUACCGUCCUCCCUAUUCUGCUGCACAUCCUGUUGUCACAAGUGUAUUUUUCGAUGAAUUCUCCACAUAUUUGGAAUCUGUAAUCAUGUCCUCCGAACCUUUGUUAAUCGUUGGAGAUUUUAAUAUCCAUGUCGAUAUCUCACGUGAUCCCAACGCUAUUCGAUUUCUUGAUCUGUUGUCUUCUAUGAGCCUUGAUCAACAUGUUGACCAGUCUAUACUCACACAUCAGGACACACCCUUGAUCUGA